GAAAAUAAUAGAAUUUGAGGAGUUGAAGAAAUUUACAAAUGAGAUGAUGGAUGACAUUAGAUUUAUAACCGUUUCCUGUAAAUUUGGUGCUACAAAUCAAAGGAGAUUUCUUGAAAAUAAAUAUCCAUUUUUCAAAUUGGCUUGA